UCGGUCACAACUAUCAAACCCUCUCUCUCUCUUUAUAAACCCAUCAUUCAUUCAUUCAUUCCCAAACAUCCUUCACUUCCUCGGAGAAAGAGAGAGAGGAGAGAAACGAGAGGUUCUCAGAGGACGAGCUCAUCUACCCAUCUCUAUCUCCUCAUCUCCUCUCAAGAACUUCAUCAUCCUUUGGAUCUCAAUGGCCAGCUUCGUCCUCUCGGAAUGCUGCGGGCUGCGGCCUCUUCCGGUGGCGUUGCAUAGCCGUGUUCCUCACCGGCACCAGAUUGGGAAUUUCAAGCUCAGCAAAGGGCAAUCCAUUGAUAUCCGCCGCCCUAUUAGGGUUGGAAGUCGCGCACUGCUCCGGGACUGGGCUCUUGGAGUUUCGGCUCCGUUGAGAGUGCCUGCUGUUGAGGAGGAUGGUGGUUGGGAUGUUAGGGUGGAGAAGAAGGAGGUGGGUGGAGAGGAGCGGUUCGAUCCGGGUUCUCCGCCGCCGUUUGGGUUGGCUGAGAUCCGUGCGGCCAUACCUAAGCACUGCUGGGUUAAAGACACUUGGCGUUCGGUGAGCUAUGUUGUCAGGGACGUCCUCGUCGUCUUUGGCCUUGCGGCGGCUGCGACGUAUCUCAAUAGCUGGGCUUUCUGGCCGAUCUAUUGGGUCGCUCAGGGUACCAUGUUUUGGGCUCUUUUCGUUCUCGGCCAUGACGUGGGACAUGGGAGCUUUUCUAAUGAUACCAAGCUCAACAGCGUCAUGGGGCAUUUCCUCCACUCCACCAUUCUUGUGCCUUAUCAUGGAUGGAGGAUUAGUCAUAGAACUCAUCACCAGAAUCAUGGGCAUGUAGAGAAUGAUGAAUCAUGGCAUCCGUUAUCUGAGAAGAUUUACAAGGGUUUGGAUUCAACCACCAGGAAGCUCAGGUUUUCAGUUCCGUUUCCAUUGCUUGCUUAUCCAAUCUAUCUGUGGGCGAGGAGUCCAGGGAAAAAGGGAUCACAUUUCCACCCGGAUAGUGAUUUAUUUGUUCCAAAUGAGAAGAAGGAUGUGAUAACAUCUUCCACUUGCUUUACAGCGAUGUUGGGGGUGCUUGCAGGGUUGAGUUGGGUGUUGGGUCCUCUCCAGAUGAUUAAGCUAUAUGCAGUGCCAUAUUUUAUAUUUGUUAUGUGGCUGGAUCUUGUGACCUACUUGCAUCACCAUGGGCAUGAAGAUAAGCUUCCCUGGUACCGUGGGAAGGAAUGGAGCUAUCUCCGAGGAGGUCUAACAACACUCGAUCGGGACUAUGGAUGGAUCAACAACAUCCACCAUGAUAUCGGAACUCAUGUCAUACAUCAUCUCUUCCCUCAGAUACCACACUACCACUUGAUAGAAGCAACCAAAGCUGCAAAGCCUGUGCUGGGGAAGUACUACAAGGAGCCAGCAAAAUCUGGACCCAUGCCAUUUCACCUGUUCAAAGAUCUUGGAAGAAGCUUGAAAAAUGAUCAUUAUGUGAGCGAUUCCGGAGACAUUGUAUACUAUCAAACUGAUCCUCAGAUGAAUGAAUCUCCACAAAACAACUCAAGAUGAAGCUCUCAGCAUCUUCUCCACUCAAUGACUACUAAGCACAACCAAUCCAACUCCUGCAAACACAUUAAGCUAUAAUUUUUACUGCCGGACAUGGUCACGCAUCUACGAUUCUUUCCUCUUCCAGUUAAGACGGAAGAGACGCAUCGUGAAGUCUAUCGGCUACCUCUUCUUCUUCCACUACUGUAUUUUUUUUAUUUUAUAUUUAAGUUCACAAUGUAUUCUUAUUCCUUUGUGCUGUUAUGGGAAAUUAUGAACAGCAUUCUUUUAGAGCUUGGAAGUUUAAUCAAAAGGAAAUAUUAUUAAAAAAAUAUAUAUGGAUUCAUGAA